AUGCUUAGUUUCUUAAGUUCAUUUAUACCCACUACAACCACUGGAAAUUUUUCAAGAUGUAUAUUUAUAGCAUCAAUAGGUAAUCCAGGUGCCAAAUAUGCAAAAACAAGACAUAAUGCUGGUGAUAUUUUUAUGGAUGAAUUAAUUUCAAAAUAUUGGAAAGAUCACCUAUUUGAAAAGUCGAAUUUAUGGUAUUCUACAAAAUAUCCAAACUUGGUGCUAUAUAAAAGUAAUAAGUCGUAUAUGAAUCUACAGGGAAGAGUCAUCCACUCAAAAUAUAAAAUGUUUAAUAAGAGUAUGAUGAUUAUUUUACAUGAUGAAUUACAAUUAAAAAUUGGAAAAUAUCAAAUUAGAAAAGAAGGCACUAGUAGUCGAGGUCAUAAUGGGUUGAAAAGCAUAGAUAAUUGGUAUAAAGGAAAGUAUAAGAAGGUUAGUAUCGGUAUUGGUAAAGAUGAGAGUAUGAAUGUUUCAGAUUAUGUAUUGAUGAAUUUUAACCAACAAGAGAUGUCUAUUUUGAGAGAUGAGGUGUUUCCUAAAUGUGUUAAAGAAUUGGAGAGGAUAAUAGAGGAUGAUUUCAAGCAACAAGCUAAUUGAAGAAGCUAAUCGUUGAUGAUUCUGAUUUAAUGAUUUAAGAGUUAUAGAGUUUACUAAGAAGAGUUAUAGAUAGAUGAGUAAUGACCAAUCCGAUUCGUUUGUCUUUAGUAAUGACCAUUGGUAGUUGAUCUGUUUCAAAGUUAGUUCUGUAUGGAUGACUCUUUCGUAUAAAUUCUGACUCCAUACUAUAAAAUGGAAGCGCAUAUAAAAAUACAUUUAUUCUUAUACAUUACUAUUAUUUACAACCACAUUAUUAAUACAAUUGAAUCAUUAAUACCUUAGUAAAAUAUCACAUUAGUAGUAAAUCAGUCUCACUGCAUCAUAUUAACUCAGUAAACAUCAUAUUUGCAAUGGAAUUUAUAAUAGAUUUGGCAGCUGAAAGAUCAAUAGUACGAGAAUCAAUGAAAGGAAGGUAUUUACUUAUGUAUAACUUCGAAAUUCGAUACUAACUAGAUUUUCUAGGUACAAUAUGGACCAUCUUUUUCACAAGGCUAUUUGGACCUGUAACACCAAUGGACCAAGAAUUUUUAGAAAUUACAUAUCCCAUGGCUUCAAAUUUACCUGAUUUAGAUUCCUUAAUUGAUGAUAAAAUAUCAAAAUUCUUACAAUAUAUAGAUAGAAAUCCAAUAACCACAUCAAAUGGAAAUAUAAAACAUACAAUAAAUAUUGAAUUUUAUAAUACAAAAGAUAAACCUGCAACAACAACAACAACAACAACAGCAACAACAACGACCACAACAGGUAGUUCCAGACGAAAAUCAUCAGGUUGGUUUGGCGGAAGUAGUCGUAAAGAUGAUAAACAACUAGAUAGACUGAAUUGCUGGGAAAUUUGGUUGAUAAAUGUUGAAAUUUUACCAAUGAAUAAAAUUACACCCUUGCCACAUCCUAUAAAUACAAAUUAUCAAUUAUCUCCAAACAUUGAAAAAUCAAGAAAUAGUUUUGAAUCAAAUCUACUAAAGAUUUAUGAUUUAGUGGAUGAAUAUAAGGAUCACAUACCUCCAAUUACUUCACUAGAUAGUGCUCCAUUUCCAUAUGAGAUAAAUAUAAAUGAUAAACAAAGAGUAAGUACCGUUGAAGGUAAUCCAGAUGAUAGUUGGGGUACAUAUAUAAAGAAAAUACUUGACUAA